CCUCUCGUUAUCUUUCCACAAAGCGGUUUCCUCGGCCCCCGUCUCCUCCAAUUUCCGUACCCACCUACGCGGGGACGCAUCGCCUGCGACGGUCUCAAGCCCACCGAUCGAUUCUCCGAGGAUUCGUCUCGAGGAACGCGAGACGAUCUCUCGAGUUCAGUUGUCGGGUAACUUCUGAAGGUUAUUUUGAUUAAAAUUCUUCAUCAGUUCCUAUUCGUGUGGGUUAAGAUGGUAAAGUUGACAAUGAUAGCACGUGUUACCGAUGGCCUACCUUUAGCAGAAGGAUUGGAUGAUGGUCGUGACCAGAAAGAUGCUGACUUCUAUAAGCAGCAAGCAAAGCUUUUAUUUAAAAGUCUCUCAAAGGGUCACUAUGAGGCUUCUAGAAUGUCAAUCGAGACUGGUCCAUACUUUUUCCACUAUAUUAUUGAGGGCCGUGUUUGUUACCUGACAAUGUGUGAUCGAUCUUAUCCAAAGAAGCUUGCUUUCCAAUACUUGGAGGACCUCAAGAAUGAGUUUGAGAGGGUCAAUGGAGGUCAAAUUGAAACUGCUGCAAGACCAUAUGCUUUUAUCAAAUUUGAUACUUUUAUACAGAAAACCAAGAAACUUUAUUUGGAUACCCACACUCAACGUAAUAUUGCAAAGCUUAAUGAUGAACUUUAUGAAGUCCACCAAAUAAUGACUCGCAAUGUUCAGGAGGUUCUUGGUGUUGGUGAAAAGUUAGACCAGGUCAGUGAAUUGUCAAGCAGGUUGACAUCUGAGUCUCGAAUCUAUGCUGACAAGGCGAAAGAUUUAAAUCGGCAGGCUUUGAUUCGAAAAUGGGCGCCUGUUGCCAUUGUGCUUGGAGUAGUCAUGCUUCUCUUUUGGGUCAGAAAGAAGAUAUGGUGAGUCAGCGGAUCGAACAGUCAUAUUCUCUCUUCAUUAUGUUGUCAGGUGCGUGGAGUCGGCCUUGUAGAUAUCCAGCUCGGCCACAAGACGUCAAAACGAGCCUCCUCUGGCCAUACAACCACAGCUGGGAUGCACUCGUUUUCUUAUCAUAAGAACAUAUAUGAGCCACAAGAAUCCCUAAGACUUCAACCCAACGUUUCCCGGCUAUGCGAUAUUGGGACUGUUGAGCCUGAACGCUACAGCAUUAUUAUUACUUCAUUCAUUUUUUUCGGACAUUGCACAAAAUCUUAAUGUUCCAUUAGCUGAUUCAUGAACUAGUUUUGAAAAAAGCAGCAGACGUCGCACUUGUUUUAGCUUGAGAAUAAAUAUCAUCCUUAGAACUCUCUUUUC